AAAAAAGGCUGAAUAAAGCAAGUAAAAAGGAAAAGACCAGAGAGAAAGACAGACUGUCAUUUGACAGGCAUACAGAAGCCAUUCCCUCAGGAAAAGAACAUAGAAAAACACAGUGAGACAAACAGAAUACAGAAGAGAGGCAGAAAGAAUAUCUACUGCCAAGAAAGAAAAACUAUUAGAAGGAAAUAGGAAGAAAAUAAUAAAAGACAAGCAAAAGGCAAAAAUCAAGAGACUGACAACUACUUAAACUUAUAAUUAGUCAUAGAAGGACCCACAUUUGAAAAAACUUGAAGAUGAAUUCCAACGGUGAUGUGAUACUUCAGAAUUUUCCAGUGGGCUGUCCCUUCUCAAACAACUUUAGAGCAGAAUGCCUGGGGAAACAGGAGCAGAACAGAGUUCCAAAGUACAGUCGACUCAAGAAUUGGGAGAAUGGAAAUACAUUUAAUGACAUACUUCACAGAGAGUCAACAAAGGAUUUCCCUUGUGGUGCCACAAAGUGCCGGGGAUCUGUUGUGUUUCCCAAUGAGAUGAUUCGCAAAUCCCGCAGUGAGCCUCGCCCUAAGGAGGAGCUUCUGCCCCUGGCCGUCCAGUUCAUCAAUGAAUACUAUGCUUCCCUCAAAAGAUCUCAGUCACAGACCCACAUGGACCGCCUGCAGGAGGUAAAAAGGGACAUUGAGGCAACUAAUACUUACAAACUGACUGAAGAUGAAUUGAUUUAUGGGGCAAAACAAUCUUGGCGCAACGCCUCUCGAUGCAUUGGAAGAAUUCAGUGGGCAAAGCUGAAGGUCUUUGAUGCCCGUAACUGCAAGACAGUUCAGGAAAUGUUUGAUCAUAUCUGCACUCACAUCAAAUAUGCUGUCAAUGAUGGAAACAUAAGGUCAGGUGUUACAAUCUUCCCCCAAAGGACAGAUGGGAAAACUGAUUUUCGCAUUUGGAACUCUCAGUUUUUCCGCUAUGCUGGAUUUACUCAGCCAGAUGGUACAGUGCUGGGGGACCCAGGCAGUGUGGAUAUAACAGAGCAAUGUCUCAAGCAUGGAUGGAAUCCUACCCCUGGACGUUUUGUCAUGUUGCCAUUAUUGCUACAAGCCAGAGGUGAACAUCCUGUAGUGUUUGAGAUUCCCAAGGAAUUGAUUAUGGAAGUUCCCAUCCGUCAUCCUACGAAGAACUUUCUAGACGACAUGGAUCUGAAGUGGCAUGUGCUGCCUACUGCAGCUAGCAUGCUUUUGGAGAUUGGGGGUCUAGAAUUCCCUGCCGCCCCCUUCAAUGGCUGGUACUUAACAACUGAGAUUGCUGUGAGAAAUCUAUGUGACCAUCAAAGAUACAACCUGCUGCAGGAGUUUGCUGAACGACUAGGUCUGGAUACCAGACUGUCGCCAUCCCUUUGGAAAGAUAUAGCAGCUGUCGAGAUGAAUAUCGCUGUUCUUCACAGUUUUCAGAGUGCAAACGUAACAAUCAUGGAUCAUCACACUGCCACAGAGUCUUUCAUGAAACACAUGGAGAAUGAAUACCGGGUUCGAGGAGGGUGCCCAGCUGAUUGGGUGUGGAUUGUUCCCCCACUCUCAGGAAGCUUGACACCUGUAUUCCAUCAAGAAAUGAUAAAUUACAUCAUUACCCCUUGUUACUUCUAUCAGCCUGAUGCAUGGAAGGAGAUGUACAGUUCCUCAAACAAAAAGAAGAUACACUUUAAAGAAAUGGCUAAUGCUGCAAGAUUUGUAGUGAAGCUUUCUAGUCGUGCCAUGGCAAGGCGUGUGAAGGUGACAAUUCUGUAUGCCACAGAAACCGGAAAAUCAGAGAACUAUGCCAAGACUAUCUGCAAAAUCUUUAAACGUGCCUUUGACCCAAAGGUCAUUUGUAUGGAUGAAUAUGACUCUUGCAAACUGAAAGAGGAGACCCUGUUGUUGAUUAUCACAAGCACAUUUGGAAAUGGUGAUGCACCAGAAAAUGGAGAGAAAUUUGCUAAACUGCUAUCCGAAAUGUCUCGCACACACCCGAAAGCACUGCAACAGCAAAAAUUUUCUGUGUUUGGACUGGGAUCCCGUGCAUAUCCAAACUUCUGUGCUUUUGCUCACUUUAUUGACAAACACUUGGAGGCCUUGGGGGCAAAACGUAUCAUGAAGAUGGUAGAGGGGGAUGAACUGUGUGGACAGGAAGAAUCUUUCCGAACCUGGGCUAGGAAGGUUUUUAAGGCUGCGUGUAGUACGUUUUGUGUUGUUAACAGUAAUGAAGAUAAUGCAGAUGAUGAUAUUUUUGAAGCUGAACACCACUGGCAACCUGGGAAAUGUCGUCUGACCAUAACAGCAAACUCCUUGGACCACAUAACAACUCUUUCACAGUUACAUAAAAGGAAGGUCUUCUCCUCAACGGUACUGUCCAGAGAGAACCUACAAAGUGAGAAGUCCAGCCGUUCAACCAUCCUAGUCCGACUAGACACAGGUGGACAGAAGGAGCUGCAGUACCUUCCUGGGGACCAUCUUGGGGUAUAUCCCACAAACCGUAAGGAACUGGUGCAAGAGUUGCUGGCUCGUCUGACAGACGCUCCUCUUAUUUAUGAAACAAUCAUAAUGGAGUUUCUAGAAGAAAAAAAGAGUGCGAAUGGGCCUGUUACAAGGUGGGUCCCUGACAGCAAGCUACCACCUUGCAAUAUUUUCCAGGCAUUUUCGCAGUUCCUGGACAUCACCAGCCCACCAACUCCACAGCUUCUACAGAUGUUGGCCAGUCAAGCCACAGAUCCUAGGGAAAAGGCAAGGUUGGAGGUUCUUAGCCAGGGAACACAGGAAUAUGAGGAAUGGAAAUGGUACAGCAGUCCCACCAUCCCUGAAGUUCUGCAGGAGUUUCCAUCUGUACGGGUUCCGACAUCACUGCUACUUUUGAGCCUUCCAUUGCUGCAGCCUCGUUAUUACUCCAUUAGCUCCUCUCCAGAUGCCCAUCCCAGUGAGGUCCACUUGACAGUCGGAGUGCUUUCUUACCACACCCAAAAUGGAAAAGGUCCCCUUCAUUAUGGGGUGUGUUCUACGUGGCUGAACUCCAUAAAUCCUAAGGAAACAGUUCCCUGUUUUGUGAGAAGGGCCCCAACUUUUCACUUGCCUUCUGACCCCUCAGAACCAUGCAUUCUCAUUGGACCUGGUACUGGCAUUGCACCCUUCAGAAGUUUCUGGCAACAGCGACUCUACGAUAUGGAGCACAAAGGUGUCAAACCCUUGGGGAUGACUCUGGUGUUUGGUUGUCGUCAGUCUGACAAGGAUCAUAUCUACAAGGAGGAGACACUGGAAGCAAAAGAGAAAGGUGUUUUUAAAGAGAUUUAUACCGGCUACUCCCGUGAGCCUGGAAUUCCAAAGACAUAUGUGCAGCACAUUUUGAGAGACAAACUGUCUAAAGAUGUCUUCCAAACCCUUCAUAGCAAGAAAGGUCACAUGUACGUGUGUGGUGAUGUAACAAUGGCAAGGGAUGUUAUGUGUGUGGUACAGAAGGUCCUUGUAUCCCAAGGAGGUCUGAGCUACAGUGAAGCCGAAGAACUUCUGAGUCUUCUCAAAAAAGAGAAACGAUACCAUGAGGAUAUAUUUGGUCUAGUGCUGCACUCUCAAGAAGUAAGGACAAGGAUUCACUCUCAGUCUUACUCAGAAGAAGAAGACCGCUGAGAAAAAUCUCAAAUAAUAACCAACACUACAGCCAGUGUUAGCUUACAAAAGCAGAGAUGUGUCAUUCAGUUCUGGUAUUGUCCUUCCCUGUUACAGCAUUUUUGUUUAUUGAUUUAGCUAUAAUCAAGACAAAAGACAUUACAGAGGCUUCUUGCAAAACCGUGGAAGUUGGUCAGAUUGCAAAAAAAAAGGCAGUCCCACCUCUGCUCUGUUGUUUUUGUAAAUAUCUGAGAAUGCAGUUAUAACUGAGAGCACAGCUCCUCGUGUAAACAUCCCAUUAGCUUUGGGUUACACAGUUAUAAAUAUACCUCAGUUUUUCAGGAGGAUUUGAAGACCGAACUGUGUAAUUGUUAAACAUGGACUGAAACUAGACAGGUGACAGACUUCUAAUUACUUCGAGAUUAUUUUCCACUGACCAGUUGUUCUUUCUUACAGCAGUGAGGUGAAGGGCUUUGUCAUUCUUCUUCUACCAGUAGAAGCUUGUAAUAUAAAAUAACUCCUUUAUAAUUACUAAUAUAGCAUAAUUAAUUGUUCAGAACUUGUAAAUCCACUUUACUCACCUAUUUUGGUCAGCUCUGUAGUAUGGUAUCCAUUAGAUUUACAUGUACGGAGAAUCUGUGUAUAAAAUGAGGUGACAGCAAGGAUUGCAUGACAGUAUUGUACAGAGAGUGUGCAGUGAAUGAGCUUCAUCUAGUAGUCUGGGCAGAUCUCUCAAGCGUACCUCAUUAUGGGGAACGCUCCUUAUUUUGAUUCUUAAAAGGUCCAUGUUCCUUGCAGUUCCACACUGAAAACGUGUCACACAUGCAUUGUUAAGAAUUGUUUAAAACUAAUACCCAUGAUAAAUCACACUGAAUUAUAUUAAUUCUUUAAAAGAACAUUUUAUAAGUACAAAGUAACACAUUUUAACCACUCUGCGAGCUUCCUAUCUAAAGUUGUUAGUAAGCUGUUAAUAGAUGUUGCUUAUUUUGCCCAUUUGUUCCACAUCAUGAGUGGAAUUGUUCGAAACUUUGGAGAUGGAAGGUUGAGAGCUAUGGUCCUGAGUUUGAUUCCUACUGUCCUCAUUUGCAUUAUGAGUGACUAUGCAAGUAAUUUUACAGACAGUCCUCCUGGGUCACCUCCAGAAAGAGGUAUUGUGUCUGUUGGGUGGUAUCUGGUUUUCAAAUUAAUAAAUAAGUUUUGCUUCAUUGAGCUGUUGCCACAGAUUUACCCAAAUGAGAUUAAUGGCCUUAAUCUGUCAAUGCAGCAUAGUUGUGCCAAUUUAAGUCACAAAUUGACCAUAUGGUAGGCACAUCUUAGUGGUUUAGUAGUUGUAAAGUUUAUAGCUUACCUCCAUGCACACUCUCAUUACCCUAACAAUAAUUAGUAACUAAUAAAUAUUACUUGUACAUUAGAAUUUUAGAUCACAGGAUGUGCCUCUAUCAGCAAUAGUAUAAUCUCUUUAAGAGUUUUAAUUUGUUUAUGGAUUAUAGCAUCAUCUGUUGUAAAUGAUGCAGUAAAAUGUAUUCUGUGUGUAAUGAGUUAUUUUUCACUGUCUUAAAUAUAUUUUCUUUAACUGUAAUUUAUUUUGUGUUAUCAACAGAAGCUAAUUGACAAUUUGUUAAAUAUAGUUGCUUGAGGAUCAAAAUAUUCUGAGCAAUCACUUUUGGUGAUAGACAGAUGAUUGUCUGUGUAGUAUUUCAGAAUUAGACUCCUCUUUUUAUUGCGUAUUCUGUAUCAGUGUUGAAAAUGUGCAAUACAACUGAGUUUCUUCAGUUUA